GCGGCCAGUGACUUCGUUGUCAAAUAUGGAGCGAAAAGUUGCCCGAGAAUUUAGGCACAAGGUGGAGCUGCUCAUUGACAAUGAAGCAGAGAAGGACUACCUCUAUGAUGUCCUCCGCAUGUAUCACCAGUCUAUGGAUUUGCCAGUACUGGUUGGAGACCUGAAACUGGUGAUCAACGACCCAAAACGAUUGCCGCUGUUCGAUGCCAUCCGACCUCUCAUCCCUCUUAAACACCAGGUGGAGUACGACCUUCUCACUCCCAAGAGAUCACGGAAGCUGAAAGAGGUCCGUUUGGAUCGAACCCACCCUGAGGGGCUGGGUCUGAGCGUCAGAGGAGGGCUGGAGUUUGGCUGUGGUCUCUUUAUAUCACAGAUUAUCAAGGAUGGUCAGGCUGGGACUGUCGGCCUUCAGGUCGGGGAUGAGAUUGUUCGCAUCAAUGGAUACUCCAUCUCCUCCUGCAUCCAUGAGGAGGUUAUCAGCCUCAUCAAAACCAAGAAAACUGUGUCACUCAAAGUCAGGCAUGUGGGGAUGAUCCCAGUAAAAAGUUCAUCCGAGGAGCCCCUCAAGUGGCAAUUUGUGGACCAGUUUGUGUCUGAGUCAGGGGAGAAAAAGAGCAGCAUGGCGGGCUUGGCAUCCAUUGGAGGGAAGGAGAUAAAGGAGAAAAAGGUUUUCCUCAGCCUGGUCGGCACCAAGGGCAUGGGCAUCAGCAUCUCUAGCGGGCCCACCCAGAAACCUGGCAUCUACCUCAGUAAUGUCAAGCCAGGCUCCCUCUCUGCAGAAGUUGGACUUGAGGUUGGCGACCAAAUUGUGGAGGUGAACGGGGUGGAUUUCACCAAUAUGGACCACAAAGAGGCUGUGAGGGUCCUGAAGAGCAGCAGGAGUCUGACCAUCACUGUCCUGACGGGGGCUGGCAGUGAGCUGUUCAUGACUGAUGGGGAGCGUCUCGCGGUGGAGGCUCGCAGAGAGGUUGAGAGACAGGAGCUGAUGCAUCAGAAGAGGGUGGCACUGGAGACCAAUAAAAUCAUCAAAGAACAGCAAGAGAAGGAGAGGCAGAGAAAAAUGGAAAUUUCUCAAAAAGCUGCUGAGGAAGAGGAGCGCUAUCAUCAGGAGAUGGAGAAGAUUGAGGCUGAGGAGCGAAAGCACAACAGACAGUGGGAGGAGGACUGGGGAACCAGAGACAGACCCAAGAGUCCCAAGAGCCCUAAGAGCCCAUCUCCUGUCCCGCCGGGAAUAAAAACACCCCCAACCCCAAAGUCUAAGAGCUCUCCAAGCGGAGCCAGUUCCUUCCCAGAGGAGGAAGGGGAGGAGACAGAAGGAUUUCAGAAAUACGAGGAUGAGUUUGAUCCCCACUCAAUGUUCACCUCAGAUCAAAUAGCUGGGCGAGAUGUGAGACUCCUUAGAAUCAAAAAGGUUGGAAACCUUGACCUGGCUCUGGAGGGGGGUGUAGACUCUCCUUUGGGAAAGCUAGUGAUAUCUGCCGUCUAUGAGGGGGGCUCUGCAGACAAGCAUGGUGGCAUUGUACCAGGGGAUGUGGUUAUGGCUGUGAAUGGGAAGAUCCUUAUUAAUGCCUCGCUGACUGAGGGACAGAACUCCUUAGCUAAAGCCUGGAACAGUGGAGGGGACUGGAUUGACUUAGUGAUAGCAGUGUCCCCUCCGAAGGAAUAUGAGGAUGAGGUGACAUUCUUCUAGUGACCUCACCAACAGCCUGCCAAACAAAUCAGACUGACCAGCAAGCACCUUUGCAGUCUGCAGGACUCUGCUCGGUUCUCAGUUAAACUUCAAUGAUCAAACUUUAGUUAAACAAAUAACCACAAAAUGAUCCUUGCCUAAUAUGUUCAUUGACUGAGACUGGGGUGUGCAAUCCACUGAGGAGGUCUUUUCUUUUGGCUACAUGUCAAAUAUCGGUGAACUUGACAGUGUACACCUGCUAUACAUCCCCACUAUUACUCUCCAUUAUGAUUCCCUAGUCUUCUGAAGGACAGUAUAUUAAUAUCCAUAUACUGGUGUCCUAUAAUCUUUGGACCUUGUCAGCUCCCCGGCAAGACAGAGGCUCUCCCAUUGAAAUAGCGACAUGCUAAUCUGUAACCAAGGAAAUAAAAAUCCCAUCAGAUGUUGUAUCUUUUCUUUCAGUGUUACAACAAAUCCUCAGGUAAAAUGAGAACCCACCAAAAUCACCCGUGUCCCUCUGUAAUCUGCCUUCUCAAUGACCAAUAAAGGGGUUGUUAACAU